AUGGCGGCCGCAUCGACAGCUUCCAAGCCCGAACAGACACAAGAACCCGCUUCCUCCUCCUUAAACCCCACCAUACCACCAUCCCAGCAACGCCUUGCAUCUCCGUUUCUCUACCAAGGCCCACCGUCCCCAAACACCCUACCAGGCUCCAACUACUACAAUCUACCUCAGAACAGCGCCACGGUUAAACCUGCCUCAGCAGCCGCUGCGGCUCAUCCUAGCGUCCAACCCCCGCUUCUUCGCGAACAUUCAACCCAAAGCACCCACACCCAAGGUAGAACUGCCUCUACGAUUAUCACCACUGCCACCACUCAACUCACCCCAGUCCAAGGCUCAAUCCCAAGCUCGCCGUUGAUGCGCCCAUCCCGGUUCCCGACACAGGGACAGGGGUCUGGAUUAAGUUAUGCAGGGGCUUAUGGCACAGGAAUGGGACUGGGAAAGGGGCUGGGCGACGGACUGGGUCAACACGCCCACGCUCGAGACGGUAAUUCCGGCGGCAAUGCAGAUGCGCUCUGGCAGCAAAUGCAAAAUACGCUCGCGGAGGUGGAGCUGAGUGCCAUGAGUGGGGACCAUGUUUUCGGCAGGCAGCACGCCCAAGCACUGCAGGAAUUGAGGGAUAAGCAGCUGUCGUUGGCACUGGCAUGGGCGCGGAGUGAGGCCGAUGAGGUUGUGGAGAAUCUGCCGGCUGAUGAGAGUGCAUCUAUCACUUCUGCUACUGUGGCUGGUGCUGCUACAACUAGUAAGGGGGUUGGCACAGGGGGAGCAAGUGGAGGAGGUGGAGGUGGAGGUGUAGCUGGAGGGGGAGGGGGGACGGAAUCUACGGGCAAAGACCCUACUGCCCCAGCUACGGAUAAAGAAACACAGGAGAAAUUAAUGAGCGAGAAGACGGAAAGAGACAUCCUUCUCGCGCGCAAGAGGAGAGAAGCGAAUGAUCGAUAUUUUGACAGGGUCAAUAGUGGUGUUUUAGAUGUGGUUGCGAAACUUGAGGAGGUUGCGUCGGCGAUGAGAGUGGUAGAGCGGGAGAGUAAAGAUAUCUGGAAUGAGAGUGGCGAUGAUGGUAAUGAUGGUGAAGAUGGUGAAAAUGAUAGUAAUCAUAUGGAUGGACAUUCUGCUGUUGGCUCUGCUGCUGCUUCCACCGCUACCACCACCAGCCGCAAUCACCAGCGCAACACCUGA